AAUAAGAUAUUAUGUAAUUAUGCAAUUAUUAUGUUAUAUAUUUCACAUCUACGUUAAGUAAAAUUUAUACAAGUUAUAAGUAUACAUAAUAUAUAAUCAGUGAGAGUAGUAAACGACAGUUUUUAACUAUUUUUAAUAUGAAGACAAGAAGUCUGAUUCCAAAAGUGGAACGCUUAGUUUCCGAUGCUAGAAUAGCAUGGAAAGUUUUAAACGGCGUGUUCGCUGUUUACAAACCACCCGCAGUUACGUAUUUAAACAUAAGAGACACCAUAAUCCAUCGUCUCUGCGAAGACUUGAAUAGUAUGCACGUUCGUCCACCGAUCCAACAUGUGUGUAUAGAGGGUAAUACAACAGACAAGAUGAAUAUAGUCACACAUCCUAGCUACGCAGAUCAUCCUUUAGUAGUAGGACCGCGAUAUCAACCUAAAGAUUUCAAAUUAGUAUGCGCUAAUUAUCUGAACACUGACUCGUCAGGACUCAUGAUUUGUGGUAUUAAUGAUAAUACCAAGUGGAUUCAUAAAUUAAAAGCUUCUAAGCCUCCAGUCAGUUACAAGAUUAAAGGUAUCUUGGGACAAGCAACAGAUAAUUAUUUUAAAACUGGAAAAAUCGUCGAGAAGUCUACAUAUAAAUUUAUUAAGCGCGAUGCAGUUGAUAGAAUAUGUGCUUCCAUGCAGGCUGCUCAUCAAAGAAAGAUGUUUGAAAUCUGUGGAUUAGACAUGCAAAGUCAAGCUGCAUAUGAGUUGGCUAUACAAGGUUUAAUGAGGCCUGCAGACAACCAUAUUCCUAUGGUUUAUACCAUAAAAUGUGUGGACUUUACAUCUCCUGAAUUUACAUUAGAAAUUGUAGCUAUAAACGAAAACGAGAUGUAUUUGAAAACUUUGGUUCAUGAUUUAGGGAUGCAACUUCACAGUGUCGCUACAUGCACUCAAAUACUAUGUUUUCGAUAUGCGUUAUUCAAUUUAGAUCUUGCCUUAUUGCCAAAACAUUGGCAGUUGCAAAAUGUUUUAGAUAAUAUGGAACAGUGCCAUGAUAUACUUAAUCGAAAUAGAUAUUUAUUGAAACAAAAGAAUCCGAUAUUGACAGAACAAGAUAAUUAACUAAAAUUUGUUUCGGACUAAAUUUUCAAAUAUAGAAAAUAAAAAGUAAAAUAUAUAUAUAUAUAUUAUUCAAAUUAUAUUAUUAUAAAAAACAUUUAUAUAAUUAUGUAUAUAUCUUCGAUUUCAUGAGAGAAUUAUAUUUGGACAACUAAUAAUAAAACGGGAGAGAGGGAAGGAAAUGGAAGAGUCUUCUAAUGUAACAUUCAUUAAUGAAAACGCACGAGAUAUUUCUUUAAAUCAGUAAGCUUGUUAAAUCGACAUGAAUACGUCAACGCUAGUAUAUUAUUGCUUAUCAUACAAUAUUAUUAUUUAUUAAAAAUCCAAUAAGUAGUUUUUACAGAGAUUUCUAAGGAGUAAUCAUUCUCUCACGAAAAGAGUAUGUAAUAUGUAUAUAAUAUUAAAAAAGUAUAUUAUCU